UCAGUUUGGAGCUCUUUCCCCUCGCGAGUGCAAACCAACGUGCGGAGAUGAAAGUAUCUGUGCUUUCCAAGAAGCUGUGGUGUGUUCACAAACCGCUGGUGCUUCUAAUCACGCCGCUGCUUUUUUCACCACUACUUGUGACCCUGCCAGAGAAGGAGGGCAGAUGUCUUUACGUGGUGGUGCUCAUGGCCAUGUUUUGGUGCUCAGAGGCCCUUCCUCUGGCCGUCACUGCAAUGCUGCCCGUCUGCCUCUUUCCAACGCUCGGGAUCGUUCCGUCCAAAAAACUGUGUCCCCAGUACUUUUUGGAAACCAACUUUCUCUUCUUAAGCGGCCUGGUGAUGGCGUCGUCCAUUGAAGAGUGGGGCCUCCACCGCAGAAUAGCACUGAAAGUACUCACCAUCGUAGGAGUGAAACCAGCUUGGUUGAUAUUGGGCAUGAUGACGACCUCCUCCUUCUUGUCCAUGUGGCUCAGCAACACAGCCACGACGGCCAUGAUGCUCCCUAUUGCCAACGCCAUUCUGGAGAGUUUGUUUGGUGAUCUGGAGAGCCUCAAGAAAAAAUGCAAGUCGACGGAGGAUCGAGACAGUGACGUUAUCAACGGUCAGUCCACCAAGAUGCAUUCACUGCCUUCAGUGGCUUCAGAGAAACAAAUGUUAUCACUCGAUGGGACUGAUAGUCUCUCUAAAAGUGUGGACGAGAGCGAACAAAGUGAAAUGAAAAAAGCGGAGGACAUCCGGUCUGAGUCAGAGUAUCAGAUGAAAGUGUGGAAAGGCUUCCUUAUCUGUAUUCCCUACGCUGCCAGUAUCGGCGGAACUGCCACGCUGACAGGAACUGCUCCCAACCUCAUCCUGAUUGGACAGCUCAAAAGCUACUUUCCAGACUGUGAUGCCAUCAAUUUUGGCUCUUGGUUUGCUUUUGCCUUCCCGGUCAUGUUCGUCUUCUUGGUGUUGGGAUGGGUAUGGAUCGCGUUCCUCUACGGAGGAUUGAACACAAGAUUAUGUUUUAACAAACACGACCAAAGAGCGGAGGCAGAGGCCAGAGCCAAGGCUCUCAUUGAGGAAGAUUACAGAAAACUAGGGCCCUUAAAUUUUGCAGAGGGAGCCAUCUCUUUUUUAUUUGUCUUGUUUGCUGUUCUCUUGUUCACAAGAGACCCCAAGUUUGUCACAGGCUGGUCUGUAUGUUUUAAGAAGGGCUACGUCUCGGACGCAGUUACUGGGGUGAUCAUCGUGUCCAUAUUGUUUUUCUUUCCCUCGCAGAAACCCUCUCUGAGCUGGUGGUUUGACCCAAAAGCUUCAAAUAUUCCUUAUGUGCCUCUUCUGUCAUGGAAAAAAGCCCAGGACUCUGUUCCUUGGAAUAUAAUUUUGUUGCUUGGAGGUGGUUUCGCCAUGGCUCAAGCAUGUGAGGAAUCUGGACUUGCCUCCUGGAUCGGAGGCCACCUCCAGCCUUUGGCUAGGCUCCCGCCUGCUGUUGCCAUGAUGUUGAUCACAGCCUUUGUGGCCUGUUUCACCGAGUUUGCCAGCAACACUGCCACCAUCAUUAUAUUUCUACCUGUCAUUGCCGAGCUGGCGUUUCAUGUCUCCGUGAACCCGCUGUACUUCAUGAUCCCAGCAACAAUUGGAAGUUCAUAUGCGUUCAUGCUGCCUGUGUCUACUCCACCCAACUCCAUCGCCUUUGCCUCUGGACACCUGAUGGUCAAAGACAUGGUCAAAACUGGUUUUGUUAUGAACAUCCUGGGUCUCCUCUCAAUCAGUCUAGCCAUAAACACAUGGGGUCUCGCCAUGUUUAACUUGAAUACCUACCCUGAUUGGGCUCGCCCUCUCAACCAGUCUGCUUCUUUCGCUGAAGUGCACUUGCCUGAUGUGCAUAUAACAAAUAUGACUCUCUGAUCACUCAAAAUACUAAGCAGUGACAAAAAUGUGACAAAACAAUUCAGCUGUUACCCUUUAAAUAGUUAAUUUUCACAAUGUGUCAUAGGUCAACAUUUUUGCUGACAACUCCAAGAUGAAAGCUGCAGUUUGACCGAGCAUUUCAGCGUUUGGCUAUACAUAUCUGUAGAGGGCAGCAAUGAGGGUGAUCCCUUGCCGGCAGUUAAAAAGAUAAAUCGAGAGUUAUGACGUCCACUUGGCGCUAUAGUUCAACUCAUUGGCGCCAAUUUGCCAACUACUUCAGUUUGCAUUUCUGCUGUGGUGACUCCAAUCCUACCCUUAAAUGUGUUUUCAAUUCAAAAUAAUGUCACUUAUUUAUUGAAUCCAUCCAUUCCGAUCUACAUUCUGUUACUGCAGUUAUCAUAAAAGCAUGGGCGUGCAGUCAAGGUAGGCAGGUGAGGCAGAACCAUACUUGUUUUGAUGAAAAAAAUAAAAAUAAAUAAGAAUAAUUUAGAAAAUCAAUAUUAAUACAUUUGAUUAAACUGUUAGAAAUGUGUUCUCAAUAUGACUACAAUCAAGAUGUUUUUAUUUUACAUUUUUUCCAAUAAGAAUCCCUAUUUUUUCACAUUUCCCGGUCAUGUGACUACAGGAAACUAAAAUUAGGCUGCCGCAUUUUACCUUCUUUUUGUUACCAAUUUUUGUGCAGUGCACUCAGGACAGGCAGUGCCAAGUAUUAAUUUUCAAAUUUUGUGCAUAAGCGGUUAUUUGCUGUCUGCAUUAGUGCACAAGUAAGUCAGCCCAAGGGUGUGGCUGGUUUUGUCGCCAAAAUAUAACAUUUCUCGACACAUUUUUACACCAUGACUUUCUAAUACUGUAGAAUCUACAGCCUGUGUAAUGUAUUCAAUCUAAGUGUGACAUCAUUAUUCUCGCUAGUCGGACUUUAAAUAGAAAAAAAUCAUAGUGAUAGGUACAAUAGUACUUUAAGGGCCUGAUAUGAUAUACAUUACUGAGAUCCAAAUACCACACGGUAAACAGCGUGUGCAAUCUAUAAAAUAGAGUGGGUGUAUUACGUGUGAUCUACUAACACUGCGUGUGCAUUUGAAAAGUGGUGCAGACCGCCUUAUUUAAAUGAGGAUUUUGCAUGUAUUAUAUGGGGCAUCAUUUACUGCACAUCCAUGUUUUCAUGCACCUAAACUUGUGCCGUUUUGCUAUGUUUUCAAACAUGCAUUAGACCUGUACCACUUUUUAUGGGCAUUUUUAGAGCAGUCGUAAAGUACAUCAAAAUUGACAAUGUUUUUUUUUGGGGGGGGGGUUUACCGCUGGAGGUGCGUACUUUGCUUAAAAUGCAAAAAUGCAUAUUUCCAGAAUUUUUUUUCAUAUAAGCAAUAUUUUAUUUAAUAUACAAUCAUGUGAAAAAAACGAACGUAAUUAAAAAAAGCACUAGAGGACACCAAAAUGCAUCAAUUGAAUGUUUUAAUCAACCCUUUAAGAUCUCUUGCAGCUAUGUAAUUAUAAAAUAAUGUUGCCAAAAUGAUAACGAUAUGUCUAAUAUUUUUUCUUUCUUACCGUCCAAAAUGUUAACACACACGUAUGACGGAGGAUUCUCGUCUGUUUAUCGUCUGUCUGUGCAGCGUGAGCACCGAUCCUGCAGCCAUGUUUGGAACUGUCAGUUUGCACGUCCUUCUGACACGUGCUAAAUAAAAUACAAAAUAGUGCUUUCAAAAGGGUGAUAAGUGCUAAUAAAUCUAUAUUUACAUAAUUUCCUCCCAAUAUUGUGGGCGUUUUGAUGAUUAACACAUAUUUUGCAUAUUAAUAAAAACGGAGAUGCAAAAUAGAUUGCACGCCUUAUUCAGACACAAUCCACUUUGCACACAUUUAGUAGAUCAGCUUUGCGUGUGUUAUCAAGUUUGCACAUGUUUUAGAACACGCAAACCUUUGGUAAAUCAAGCCACACACACUGAGUCUGUAUGAAUUGUGGUGGCGUACGUGAGCUAGCAGGCACUUGUUGCUACCAUGCCAUCUUUUUCUAUUUCCUAAGAUGAAGCUAGUGACUUGUGUUUAAAAAGCUUUGUUCAGAAAAACAAACUACAAUAAAUAUGUGUUCAUGUUCCACUGAAUGAAUGAGACUACCAAGAUGGAGGGUUGUGUAUAUAUAAGCUCAAAAAGGUCUGUAAACUGAACUUUUAGAUACAAAUGCAAAGUGAUCAGACUUUUACAAUCAAAGUAUGUGUAUAAGAACUUUUCCUGGAAGAGGAGAGGUGCAUGUGCUUCACUUACAACCAAAAGUUAGAUGGUUUCUAAUUUUAUGAAAAUAAAUAAAUGUGACUGACUAAGAAGAAUGUUUCUCCUUUUUCUUGUUAUCGUCUUGAUGAGCACACUGUACUAGUAUUGAUGAUAGCAUAUGAAAUGAAACAUUUUGAAAAUGCAUUACCUGCCUUGAACCUCAGCGCACGUCACUGCAUGCAACUUAAAUGGAACAGCCUGUCCUAACAUAUCAGUGCCCUCCAAAGUCAUGUUGAGACAUAAGACGAAGUGAGGACACUCAUGUAAAGUCUUUAAAAGGUAUGUCUGGUGUGUUAUAAAUUGUCUGAGUUCUCUUGGCUGACAGCAAUGGUUAACCAGCACAAGGCUGCUGUGGUUAUUCAGUGUUAGGUCUAUGGAAAGGGUCCUA